UCAUUUCUCUUUGGUCCUGGUAUUUUGUCACAGCAAUAGAAACUCUGACUAAAACACUAAGACUCUCUAUCCCUAAGAGAGAUUUUUUUGCGGGGAUGACUUGUUACAGUUCAGAAAAUAAUUUAUUUAACAGCUUUCUCUUAGAAAGACAGCAGUAGAACUUUUAAAGCAAAGAAACUGGAAACAGUUGAAGAACACCAUGGAAGAAACAGAGAAAAAGAUUGCAACACAAGAAGGCAGAUUCUUCUCCAAGAUGAAGGUGUUCCUGAUGGCAUUAACAUGUGCAUACCUGGCCAAAUCACUAUCAGGAGUUUAUAUGAAUUCCAUGCUCACACAAAUAGAGAGACAAUUUGGCAUCCCUACAUCUAUAGUUGGAUUUAUCACUGGGAGCUUUGAGAUAGGAAACCUUUUGUUGAUUGUAUUCGUGAGUUAUUUUGGAAGGAAACUGCACAGACCUAUCAUGAUUGGUAUUGGAUGUGUGGUUAUGGGCCUGGGGUGUUUCUUAAUGGCAUCACCUCAUUUCCUCAUGGGCAGAUACAAAUAUGAAACAACAAUAUCACCUACAAGCAACAUGUCCUCAAAAAGCUUCUUGUGUAUGGAAAACAGAACACAGACCUUGAAGUCAGCACAAGAUCCAACAGAGUGUGUAAAAGAAAUAAAAUCAUUAAUGUGGAUAUAUGUACUAGUAGGAAAUACUAUGCGUGGAAUUGGUGAAACUCCCAUAAUGCCCUUGGGUAUUUCUUACAUCGAAGACUUUGCCAAAUCAGAAAACUCUCCUUUAUAUAUUGGGAUCUUAGAAAUGGGGAAGAUUGUUGGCCCAAUUAUUGGACUUUUGUUGGGAUCUUUCGUUGCACGUGUUUAUGUAGACAUUGGGUCUGUGAAUACAGAUGACCUGACCAUAACUCCCACUGAUACACGCUGGGUCGGUGCUUGGUGGAUUGGCUUUUUGGUCUGUGCAGGAGUGAAUAUCCUGACCAGCAUCCCCUUUUUCUUCUUUCCAAAAACACUCCCAAAGGAAGAACUACAGGAUAAUGUGGAUGUGACUAAAUAUGAGAAAGUUGAAAAACAUAGAGAAAGAGCCAAAAAGGAAAACCUUGGAAUCACUAAAGAUUUCUUGCCAUUCCUGAAGAGCCUCUGCUGCAAUCCUAUUUAUAUGCUGUUCAGUCUUAUGAGUGUGCUCCAGAUAAAUGGAUUUGCCAGUACAUUUACCUUCUUGCCCAAAUACCUGGAGCAGCAAUAUGGAAAAUCCACUUCAGAGGUAGUAUUCCUCAUAGGUGUUUAUACCUUACCUCCAAUAUGCCUUGGAUAUUUAAUUAGUGGCUUUAUUAUGAAGAAGUUUAAGAUCACUGUCAAGAAAGCUGCAUACCUAGCAUUCGGCCUGUCCUUGUUUGAAUAUAUUACUUUUCUCUGUAACUUUUUGUUGACCUGUGAUAAUUUCCCAGUUGCUGGAUUAACCACCUCUUAUAAAGGAGUUCAGAACCCUCUCUAUGUGGAGAAAAAUGUCCUUGCUGACUGCAACACAAGGUGCAGCUGCUUAACAGACACAUGGGAUCCAGUGUGUGGGGACAAUGGCCUAGCUUACAUGUCAGCUUGCCUCGCGGGCUGUGAGAAGUCCGUUGGAACUGGAACCAACAUGGUGUUUCAAAAUUGCAGCUGCAUUGGGUCAUCAGGAAACUCAUCUGCAGUCCUGGGGCUGUGUAAGAAAGGCCCUGACUGUGCUACCAAUCUGCAGUACUUUUUAAUCCUGUCAGUAUUUGCCAGUUUCAUCUACUCACUCGCAGCCAUACCUGGGUACAUGGUGGUUCUGAGGUGUGUCAAAUCUGAAGAGAAGUCAAUUGGAGUUGGAUUACAUGCAUUUUUCAUAAGACUAUUAGCUGGCAUUCCGGCACCUGUUUACUUUGGCGCUUUGAUAGACAGAACCUGUUUACAUUGGGGAACUCUGAAAUGUGGUCAGCCAGGGGCAUGCAGGAUGUAUGAUAUAAACAGAUUCAGGUACACUUACCUGGGGUUGCCUGCAGCAGUAAGAGGAUCAAGCUAUCUCCCUGCAGUCUUCAUUCUAAUACUUAUGAAGAAAUUCCAGUUCCCUGGCGACGUCGACUCUUCAGAAACUGAACUUGCAGAGAUGAAGCUCACAGAGAAGGAAAGUGAGUGCACAGAUGUGUGCAGAAGUCCUAAGGUCGAGAACGAUGGAGAACUGAAAACUAAGCUGUAAUGAGUUUUCAACUGGCCUGUGCAAGGCCAUGAAUGGAAUGUACACUUCACUUCCUUUGAAUCAUGAGAGAUGCAGUAGGAAUCCUCAUCUUUAAGGACCUCAACAAUUAUUUUUACUCAUAAUAAAGAACAAUUACUGAUAGCACUUUCAGAACAUUAGGGUACUACUUCAGAUUUUCUCAGAUUAGAUAUCUAUGGUGAGGCAUACACUGAACUUUAAAGCUUCCUUCAUUUUCACACAGCAUUUUCUCUUUUAACUCAAUCAAGGGAAGUUGUAUUUCCUACAUAUCUUCAAAUGGGUUUAACAUUUUCCUAUUCCUGAAACAGCACUUAAUUCUACUGAAUUUAUGCUUCAAUGUUGGAGGUAUUUAGAGCUGAAAAUAUGCAUUCUUGUUGGGACACAUUGAAAAUGUUAUCUUUUCUAUGUUCAAGAUGUCUACAUAGGUCUGUAUCUAGGAGUUUUCGAUUUUUUAUUAUUUUAGACAUGAGUUUCUAGGAUUAGAUAUCUUUCUCAUGUGUCAUCUUCUGUUUUCAGUCUCUUCUUUGUUUAGCCCUGUCACACAUUUGAUAAUUUUGUUUACAGCACUGACAAACUUAGUCAGGUUAUUAAAACUCACAUUGCAAAGCUUGUUGAACCCAUUUUCCCUAGCAACUCAAAGUCGUUCAUGAAAAUCUUUCUUAAAGGCAACUAUUUGAGAAAGCCAGUUAUUUCAAAGGGUCUUUGUAAAGAUGUAGUUGUUCCUCAGUUGCACAGUGGUUGCCUAGCAUGUGUGCAACCCUGCAUUGAACCAAAAGGUAGAGUAGACUACUGACAAUAAUAGAUAAAAUAAAGUAAAAUAAGAAAUAAAUGAAAAUAAAUCAGAGCUGGAUGCAGUAUAAGAUGUUCUCAAAGACUACUUUCUUAUACUCAGGAUGCCUCUUUGA